UAAUACAAUAAAAUAUUGACAAAAAAUAUUUGUGAAAAUGGUUAUCACAAAACCUUAUGUAAUAAUGGUAAUGCUGAAAGUACGAGAGAGGAGGAAGUUUGAAAAGAAGGUGAGACGAUUGCUGGAAGAUAAGUUGUUGAUGCUGGAUAAGAAGCACGAUUUUAAACAAGCAACGGUAAACGAAUAUGAAAAUUGGUCAAUGUAUGGGCGUUGGGAAAAGCUGGAUGUGCAAAAGCUUCCAAGGGUGUUGAGGCAAGGGGAAAAAGAAAAGCGCAAGACACGCUCGACUGACCGAAGAAUGAUUUCACAGAGUAAGGCCCGCACCUCGUCAGACCGUUUACAAAUAUCAAAUUCCAUCAUGGAGCAAAUAACACCGUUGUUGGUGGAGCAUGGAAUGCCUUUGGAGAGGGAUUGGAUAUCGGAGCUGCGUCGAGGUCAUCCUUCUAAGUCUGGAGAUUUUUCCAAGGCUUCGGAAGAAGGAAGGUCUUCGACGAUGGAAGAUGUCUCGCCAUGGGCGUUAACUCGAGCCGGUUCUUCAAUGACUAAAGAAGAUGUUGAAUCGCGUUCAGGAACUGAAGAAAUAAUCCCUUGGCUGUCUGAGCACCAUGAACCUUCUGAAAAGAUGGAAAGCAAUUCUUCAACUGUUGAAAUGAAAGAAGGAGGAGAUGAAUCGUUUUGGGUUAAUAAGCAAUCGACGCCUUCGGCAUCUAUCACACAAAAGAUGUCUGUUGAUAUCGUCUCUGUAAUAAAAUCGUACAGGGCCGCUGGUUCGGGCGCCUCCAGCUGCCAGUCUCAGGAAAAGGACAAAAUGCCUGUACACAUUUUCUCAUUAGAUAAAGAAAUAUUCCCUUUCUUGAUGAAGAAAACGCGAGAGUUUAAUCAUAACAGGAUCCUCAAUAGACAGAGACCGACUCUGAACAGCAUUGUUAACAUUCAAGAAGCUGCUCUGCACAACUACACCCUUCUUCAAAUGAAAUACUCAUAUUAUCUGGGAAACGAAGAAAGCGAUGCACGCUACUUUUAUGAAGAUUCAUACCUUGUGGAAGAAGACAGGUUACUGGGUCUGAUGAUACUAAGAUGGCAAAUGAAAAAAUUCCAAUGCGCAAACCAUCUACCAUACGAACGACUUACCAUUAGAUGGGCCCAGUUUUCAAGAGUGGAUAAUAUAAGCUUUGUGAAUGCAGAAACGGCCAUAAUGAGUCGAGGGUGUCAUUUCAUGUUUGUAAACCUUAACACAGGGAACAAGUGCAUAUACAAACUGUGUGAACCGAACGAAGGGGAGAGGAUAAAUUGUUUUUGCACUGACUCAACCAGAUCGAUCAUUGCUUUCAACGGGGCCAAGUCAUAUCAAAUAGUAAUCAUGGAAUAUCUGACUAAAAAAAAGCUUUCAAUUCUCGAUGAUUCCCUCAAGGAAGAUUAUUUGUAUCUUGCCAUGGGUUAUGGAAAUCUUCUUUAUGCUUUAAGAGGAUAUCCAUCGUUUAGAAUGACUAUAUGGAAUUGGAAAACAGCAGAACUUUUGCAUACUAUGCGUAAUACAGUAGUGACCAAUGAUGUUUUCAUUAGAGCACAUCCUUCGGAAACCUCUUGCUAUAUAAUGAACACCAACUGUGGACUCACAUACAUCUCGAAACAUAUUAUUCACAUGUUCGGCAGACUUUGUAUUGUCGAUGAAAUCGAGUUGGAUUUUUAUCCAAGGACUGUAGUUUAUGACGCUUGCUUUAGCCCAAAAAAUAAUAUCUAUUUUGUAGAUGACAAUGGAAAUAUUUACGGGGUAUCUCCAAAAUAUGAGAUAUUCAAGUUGUACUCCUGGAAGGUGAAAAUUUGCGAAGUAGGGGUUCUUGGUUUGCCUUGUAAACCCGUCCUGCAAACCGCUAUUAGCUGGUACAAGAAAGGUUUAUUAGUGUUAGGACCGAGCGGCUAUCUUAGGUAUUACAAGAUGAAAUUGAAUAAAAGUAAUGAAAAAAUUAUGAUUCUCUCCCUGGAAAUCAAGCGAGAUACUGUGAAAGCAUUAUUAGCAACAAACAACAUUGCGACUAAGGCUAUACUUCAUUGCGAGAAGGCUGGGCUGUGCACAAUCAGGGAUAAGAAGUUGGUUGUUAUAGAGGAUAAUAGCAAGCUUAAAGUUUCAUGCAUGGACUUCUUAAAUCCUACGUGCCAUUAUUUUGUAACGGCUUAUCGUGAAGACAUUCAUGUCUGGUCUAGAAUCACCGGCCAGCUGAUGAAUUCAUUUUAUGUGACGAUCAAUGUUGGUGCAAUAGUAUGCCAUCCGUACCAUCCUUACAUUAUUGCGACAAGUGCAGACACUGGGUCGUUUAGAGUGAUUGAUUUACGGUUUAUAAGGAAACCCAAUCAACUUUAUGACAUGUGGGUUUCAAAACAGUUACUCACAUCAAUCAGAUUUUCAGGCGAUGGGAAACGAAUGAUUAUUUUAAGCCCUGAGAACAGGUUGUUGAUAUUUAAGGCUGAUCCAAAAAUAUUUUGUUUCGAACAAGUCUACGAAGUGGAUGUGCCAAUUAGAUCCUUCAUAACAUGCAGGAAUCCCCCGUCCUGUGAGCUGCAAAUUCUCUCGCUGGACGUCCCACGAGUAAAUACCGUCAGGUCUCAUUUUACCCUCUACUGGCUACCUUUGAGAUACGGUGGCGAUUUUUACUGUACGGACACAUAUUCAGAAAUCGAGCCAUGUUACAAUCCGACCAAUACAUUCUUCGCCUUCACAGACCAUCGGAAAGAAUUACACAAGAUAUCAAUUGACACCAGAGGCCCAUAUUUAUCGACAACGAAACUUGUUGUUGUACCUCUUGUUCAAUGUUUCCCAACUGUACCGAGAAUAAGGUGUCUGCACGACCAUCUGAUUAUUUAUGGCAAGGAUGGUUUAAUUCACAUUCUGGACGAUACAGAUUUAAGGUGUUUCGCUUCAUUCAUGAAUCACCACAGAUUCGAUGGUGGUACGAAACAAGUCAUAAUCGACAAUCGUAGUCGUCACGUAAUCUCUCUUGGCGAAGAUGGCGUUCUGGCUUGCUAUGCUUUACCAAGGAAAAUUUGUGGCCAUAAGGCACAUGUUAUUCCUCACAGAGAGAACUACAUUCCUUUGCCUUAUCGAAGAAUAAAAAAUUGGAUUCCUGAAUAUGAAGCUGGCUUGAUGCCUUAUGAUGACUGGGUGAAAGAAAUAAAAGCAUAUAAAGAAAAUAAAGUGUAUAAAAUUGAAAUAACAAAGAUCAUUCAAGAACUCAUUGUAUUAAAAAAUACAUUUAGUUCCAUAUUUUACAUCAAUCAAAUGCAAGAAGACCCGGAGGCACGCCUUUCUCUUAACGAGUUAUGCAUCAAUCGUUGCAUAUUAAAAGAUGUAUUUGGAAAUGUAAUGGAGAAGCAUAAAAGUGAGAUAUUAGAGGUUUACAAGAAAAAUAUUACAAUUUUAAUGGAAUCAUUCAACAUGAUGAAGAUAUUUUUUUGGGAUCCUAUGAUCCUCCACUUAUUUGCUAUUAAGGCGAUAAGGGAUAGAUAUGUAUGCUCUUCCUAUGUAAUGCGCCGAAUGCCAAAUCAAUUCUAUAAACUUCGCUUCACCCACAUUAAUCAGCGAAUGAUCGAUGUGCAAGGACCCCAAGAAAAGUGUUUCAUCCCAUGGGGUAUCGAAAUUAUUAAAGUGACAGAAAACGAAUCUAAUGAAGAAGAAAGCUAUGAAGAUAUAUCAGAUUUUGAAUCGCCCAGUGUGAUCUCAAUGUUGCAAAGUACGGAAGCUGAACAAAUGAUUAUAGGCCAAGAAGAGGAAGAAGAGCGCGAUUAUCAUACGUUCCAGCUUGACAAAACUCUUGAAGAUGAUAUACUUGAAGAAUUCGGAGAGGAGGAAGAGGAAGAAGAAGACAAAAACGAAUCGUCAUCAACAGUAUCUGAUGAUGAUGAUUAUGAUGACGAUGAUGUCCAAUAUUAUCAAAUUGGUGAUCGAAUUUUUUAUAUUGAUUACACCUGUGAUGAUGAUGACAAAGGAAUGAGAGAAGAAUUCGAGGCCAGAGAAGAAGUGGAAAAUGAAGAAGUGGAAGUGGAGUGCGAGGAGGAUGAAGGAGAAAUGGAGGGAGAAAUAGAAGAAAUAGAAGAAGAGGAAGUGGUAGAGGAAGAAAUAGAACAAGAAGAAGAAGAAGAAGAAGAAAGAGAGGAGUAUGAUGUAGAAUGGAUGGAAAGGCUGUGGAAUGAAGAAGUUGAUGGUGAAGGUGAAGAAUAUGAGGAGUAUUCAUACGGAAGAAAGGAUAGAGGCCAAAUAACCGAUGAAUCCGGUCAGUACGACGAAAAGGAAAGCACAAUCUCCACAGUACAAGGUUCAGAGGAAGCUUCAGAAACCAAACUUCCAGAAAUCUUCGAGGGUCUAGACGAAGACUCAGAAAUACAGAUAGACUCAAGCGUAUCUUUGAUUUCAAAGAUACCAGAAUUAGAAGACUCUGAGCAGGACAUCGAAGAAGAACAAUUGUAUGAAGAAUGCGAAGAAGGUGUUGACAAAGAAUUUGUGGAAGCUUUAUUAGAACUGAAAAGAAGAGAAAAAGUCAUUGCUGAACAGUAUAGAGGGCCGUUCAGAAUUGCUCCUUGGAAAAGUGCUAAAACCAGAGCUCGAGCAUUUAGAAUGUACUUGAAAUACCAACAAGCCAGAAGAAAAUUGAAAAAACCAAAAGGAAUCACUUUGUUGGAAUGUCAAUUGUUAACAGACUCUUUAAAAAGAUUACCAAAAUUCGGUUACUUGAAAGAUGUUGUGAACUUGGCUGUACAAAACAUGAUGGCAAUUGAAAGUGGAAGGUAUCUGUAUAAGUUUGAACGAGCUCCUUUAUUAAAUUCUGUUGAAUUAAUGCUCGACUCUUUGGAGCCCGCGUUUUAUCACCACUUAGAAUUACCAAUCCCUGAAGCUCCGAAUAUGCUAGAGGCCAAUUUGGUAUUAACUGCCGAUGUAUUACUGUCAUUAUUUAAAGAUACAAUUUUUAAAUUGAAAAGAGAUUUUAAUAGACAUAUGAUAUCACUAAGAGCAGAGAAACUCAAAGAAAUGGAAAUGGUCGACGAGUACAAUCGUGAAAUUGAGGAGCUAAUAUUUGCUCUUCGUGACUCAUGCAGGCUAGACCCCCAAUUAUUGCCAAAUGUACCUCCAUGUGUGGCCCUGCUUGACUCAGAAGUGCCUGAAGCACUGAUUUCUGUUAAAGAAUGUGAGGUUCCUGCUAUCAAAUUGUUAACUCCUGAAGAAGAAGCUCUCGUAGAAGCUGCACUCGAGAAAGAAAGGGAACUUGAAAGACUUUAUAAGCUGGACGCUUGGAAGAGAGAAGCCUUGAUAGACAUGAUGGACGGUGUAUUAAAAUUGACUUGGAAAGAUGUUCUUAAAAGAAAAAUACCAGUGCCGCGCUUUUUGGCUGACAAAUUGGUUGACGAAUUUUCACCAGAAGAGAUAGAGAGAGCAAAGGAGUAUCAGAAACAAGUCAGGGACCUUCGAAUGAAGUGUCUUCAUUAUGUCAAACUGGUGCAGGAAGAUAUAAAAACAAUACUCCAUAAAUCUGAGAGCUCUCAAAGGGAACAUGAUAAAAAAAUUCGAAUGAUGAUGGACUUGAAAUUUGAACUAAUAACCGCAAUUGGCAGUGAACGGUUGAAAGUGAACAGACUUUGCGGUAGGAAAGGAAUGCAAAGUAAUCUUCUAGAAUUUAUACAAAUAAUUAGGGGUUGGCUCCACCAACAAAACAUUUUAAUGAGCCAACUGAAAAAAGGUUUGGUACGGAUGAAAAAAGAAGUGAGUUAUCUCAACUCAAGAUAUAACAAACUUAGACACAGGGACAAGAAUUUAAGAACGAGAUUCACAGUCAAUUUUGACGCAAAUUCGAUGAAAGCGUUAAAUUUAGAUAAAAUCAUGAGCCUUUAUCAAAGUCGCCCACCAUACUCGCUUCUUUAUAAUGCAACAGCGAACGAAUUGCGGGAGCUGGCUUCUUCAAGAUUGGAACACGGAAAUGCGCCUUACCUUACCCCACAGUAUGAUUUAUAUUUUGGCCAUAUUGUCCUAAUGAACAGCCCUGGAUUCCGGCCCCCAGGAAUAGAUAAAGCGACAUGGGAACUCAUCAUAUUUCACAGAAAGGAAAAAAUUAUUUGCGAACUUAUGCUUGAGGCAUGUAAAAAAGACUUGGAAAAAGGGAAAGAAGUCGUGAAGCAUUUCGAAGGAUCAUUGCAACGCAUAAAUCGUGACUUCACAUCCACUAAAAAUAUCCUUAUAAGAUCUCAAUCUAUUCUACGUGAACUUUAUCAAAGUGCAGAGUUACAGUUUAUGUUCCCGAGUGCUCACAUUGAAAAAGAUAGCGAUGAUGAAGAGGAGUUUUACAAUAAUGCAGUGUUAAUUGAAGCUUCAUUUAUUGACGAAUUGAAUUACAUAAUAAAGAAUGUUACAGUUAGUAAAACACAUGCUGGAGAAAGCUUGGUAGAAAAAUUUGAAGAAACAUCAUCUAUGGAGUUUCAACACAUUUACCUAAAAUGCUUGGCCACUCUAUUGCAUAAAGAAAAUAAAUUAAUCAAAAAAUUUGUAUACUCUUCCUAUUUGCAAAAAUAUCUGAAUAUUGUAAAUAAAACGGGUGCCGAGCCACCGAUAGAUCCGAUCGAAGAGGUCAGUGUAAUGAAAAUGGAAAAGCUAAAACUAGAAGAGUUACAGAGGCUCGACGAAUUGAAAGUUGAAGCAGUGGAGUGCAGAGCGAAUGAGAUUAAAAAAGAAAGAAUGGCAGUUCUCAAGGAACGUUUGGAAGAACUGUUUUCAAAAGCGCCUGAUUUUACCGAGACUUCUUUAGAUGCUUUUUCAGUCAAUUUGGCAUUGAUGGACAAUGCAAAUUUGGACGAUAUUAAACUGCCUUAUAUCAAUGUGGAUAUACCGGUUACCGAGGAGGAGCCUGACCCAAUGUUAGACACAAAGGCCUCCUCUUCGGCCGCUUUGAACCUCAUAGAAGAAGAAUCUAAUGAAUCCGAUGAAAAGGAAGAAGAGGAAGAUGAAGACUUUGCCAGUUUUGAAGGUUACGUGAAAACUUACGAAGGCCCACAUGUGAAGGUUGUACCAAAACCUUUAUGCAAAGUUGCAGUUUCCACAGAUGAUAUUACCACGAUUGACAAACACAUUUGUUCCAGUAUACUACUGGCUACUUUAAAUUCAUCGGUUAGUUUAUCAGAAGAUGCAGCUUCUAACCAAGGUUCUUCAACUCCUUCAUACACAUGCUCGGAAAGAUCAGUAUCACCAUCAAUGUCAGUAGAUAGUGAAGGUAGCGAGGAAGAAUAUAUUUCCCCUGAAAUGGAAACUAUACAUACAUCACUCAACAGCUGUGAGUCAUUAGAUGAAAAAUUGUAUAAACCAGACAGGCUGCGUAAUAAGAGUGAGUUAAUAUGUUCUUACGAAGAUGACUACUAUUUUAACGAUAUGACAGAUGAAAAUAAAUACUUCAUUCCGCCUGGUGGUUUACACUUUUUGGAUUUCAAGAAAGACAACUUUUAUUUAAAAGAUGCUCCAUUGCUUUUAAGAAGUUUUGUUAUGAAGAAGUAUCCUCUCACAUUUAGAGAAUCAUUCGACAAAGAAAAACUGAAAGAAGAGAUUCCGUUACCGCUAUAUUUGACAAAUUUUGAAGACAAGGUGGACGAUGAAGACUUCACUAAGAAAACAUUUGAAAUCAACUCUAUCGAUAGGGUUGCAAUUGAUGAAAUCGUGAAACAGUGCGAUGAAAGACUUCUGGCAGAACAGAGUGAAUCUCUGCUGAGCCUCGAAAGUUCGUAUGAAUACAGUGUUUUCAGUGAUGAAAGCGACAUGUGCAGUACUGACAGUGAAGACAGUUCACCCAAGCACAAGAAAGCAACAGGAAAGGUAGAAGUUGGAAACAGUGAUAAAAAACACGGUGAUGAAAGAAUGGCGGACAGUGGCAAAUACGACGAUCUGACUGAUGGCGAAGUAAUGGAUUAUGAAGAUGAGGAAGAAGAAACAGCCUUCCAUGAAAAAUUAACUUGUGGUACAUUUGACAAAGUAAAAGUGGGGGAAGUACACGCAAAAGUUCAUGUAGAAAAUGAAGAAGUUUAUAUACAAAAUGAUGAAGUCAAUGAAUUCGAUCAUGAGAGUUUUGAAAGUGACUCAGAUUCAGACGAUUCUUCACUGUCUGAAGACCGUCCCACCGUCGACUUGUCAGACAUAAGCGACGAUGCGUCUUUCCUGCAUGCGUUAAUAAGAGAAGAAGCUAAACGUAGAGCAGGAGAAAGUGAGGAACAGAGACGGAAAAUAGGCAAAGAUCACAUGGGACUCAAAUUACAGAAAUACGUUGAACCAGAUAAUUUCAAGAGAAACAAAAAUAAAAAAUCUAAAAUUGAUUUCAACUAUCUACUGACAUGGCGCAAACAGAAAAUCCAUCUGAAAGACAAAGAGCACGUUUUUCAAAAGCUACAAGGCAUUGCGGCAAUAUUAGCAGAUAGUGCGGAGUACGAUCCUACUUUGCCAUAUUACAGACAAUUUAAACAUCUGAAAUUGGAAUGUGAAUUGGAAUCUAUUAUAAAAAAAGAAGGCCUCUAUCUUUUAAGACAUAUUGAUAGUUUCCAUUCACUCUAUUUUGAAACGAGUGACGAGGAUGGGGAUGAAAAUCAAAUAGAAAUUAAUCCAAAACUAGAAUACUAUAUAGAUGACCUCAACUUGAAAGAUUUCAAUAAAGAAACAGACGAUGAUGGCAGCGAGUUGUGCGAACCUCCAGAUAAUAUAAUUGGAAUAUACGAUGUCAUUACUGGAGAAGUUGCCCCUGUGAUUAACAUACCCCAAUGCCCUUCGGUUUCUUCAACAUCUAGUGAUGACACAAGACAAAAACGUGUUAUCGAUCUGCCAAAAGAUGGUGACGGCGAUGAAGACGAAUAUGUUGGAAGGCGUCGCAGGGGUCAUAGGUCAAUCGGAGGAACUCACGAAAAAAGUCAUACUAAAAAAGAAAAACACAGUAAAGAUUAUCAUGAAGGAAUAUUGUUGUCAACAUCAGUGACAACACUAUCAACUUCAUCAGACGAAGAAAAGGAAAAAGAAAUAGACUUAUUGUCAAUUGCAAGUAGAGGUAUACAAUAUGGCAUACACAGUACAUACAAAAAGAAGAGAUAUGCUAAAGAAAAAAGCCUUGAAGUGAAAAUAAGAUAUACAACCGAUACAGAAGAUGAUCAUUUUCACAAGAAAGAUUAUAGAAAGAACAGAAGAUUUGAUUAUAGCUUCAAUGAUUUGGGAAUUAAAGAUCCAAAUAUAAGAUAUUUAUUGAGCGAACUGCAUAAAAAAGAAAUCACCGCUAUAGAAGCGGCGAAAAUAGCGGAAAGAGACAAGAUUAUCAUAGAACCAGAGGACCUUGAAGAGUUCAAACAAAUUUACGGAGAGAUAAGCGAUGAAGUGAUGGGAAUUUUAAAAUCCAUCGAACAAACGUACGAGCCUGUUCAUGUGAUAUUCUCAGAGAUGGAAAAGACAGAUCCGAUCUUAGCGACGCUCACAAAAGAACAAGAACUUCAAAGGUCUCCAGCCAAUGCUCAAGUGAACAGUUUUAUGAUGCAGGCGAACAAAGAACUUGAAUUUCAAAUGAAAGUGUUCAACAAAAGAAUACAAGAAUCGAUUGAAGAAGGAAAGAAAUUAUUGGAAAGGAAACAAGAUGCUUAUCAAAACCUUGUGCCCGAACUAAAUCUUCUGGAAUCUCUACAAGUCAAAGACUUAAAACCCCACGAAAGAAGGAAACGGCUUAAGCAAUUGAAGAAAAUCAGCGGAUUGCUCCAGGUCAUUCAGAAUAACAAAUCAGAUUUGCAACAACUCGAGUCCGAAUUGGAAAUACUUCAUCUCAGAAACUACCCAACCUUUGCACUGAAAAAGGACGUAAUAACCUAAAAAUUUGUAUUUGUCACACUCAUUAAAUAAAUAAAUAUUUCUCAUUA